AUGUUUCCUCCCGGGACCGUACGCCUCGAGGAUGCGACUGCCCCGGCUGGUGAAGGAAUCAUCUUGCAGCCACGCCCGUCCGAGGACCCCAACGACCCCUUGAACUGGUCCACGUGGCGCAAGUACUUGAAUUUUGGACUCGCCAGUCUCUACGUCCUCAUGGUGUCGGAGUUUAUCAACUCUGCCACGCCAACUUGGGGCCCGAUGCACACCGAGUUGGGCUUCAGCUACGAAAUACUAAACGACAGCUACGCCGUUGGCAGUGCUUUCCUGGCCAUUGGUGCUCUUGUCUUGGUUCCGUUUGCGCUCAAGUUCGGCCGUCGGCCAUUAUACCUCUUCAGCACAUUAGUGCUGUUCGCCGUCAGCAUAUGGUCUGCCAAACUGCAGACUGUUGCAGAUCUCAUGCUCGUCAACGUCUUUUGUACCGCCUUCGGAGCUCUUGCCGAGGUUAUCGUCCAGAUGACGAUCGCCGAUGUGUUUUUUGUCCACCAGCGGGGAAAGAUGAACAGCAUAUACAUCUGGCUCUGGCAGGUAUCGGUUUCACUUGGUCCGCUGAUUGCUGGCUUCAUCACAACCGGCCAGGGCUGGAGAUGGGUUUGGUGGUGGAACGCCGUCUUCUUCGGCUUUUGCUCCAUCUUGGUCGCCUUUGGCUACGAAGAAACCAAAUACUGCCCCCCGAGUUUUCCUGCAGCGACGCCAGUGGAGGAUAGCACCGCCGCCCACGACGAGCCCGAGGUGGAUGUCAAGCCGGCCUGCAACUUGAAGCAAGAUCUGCCUGAGCCUGGAUGCGCCAAAGUAGCCGAAGAAGGGAGUCUGCGACAGGACAUCUACGCCGUCAGAAUCAACCAUAACAUCCCAAUGAAAACGUACGCCGAGAAGCUGGCACUUAGUACUCCGUCGUCAUCGGGUCAAGGUCUCAAGGGCUUCCUCCGCCACAUGUAUCAGCCUCUGGUCUUGCUCACAACUAUCCCGGCUGUCGCCUACACCGCACUGGUUUAUGGCAUUUUGGUCGCGACGCAAGAUGUCAUGUCAACCACGUUUUCAACAUAUAUGACGGAGCCACCGUACAAGUUCAACGCAUCCCAGAUCGGUCUCAUGAACCUGCCCAAGCUGGCUGGGGUGACCAUUGGGUCGCUUGUCGCAGGCCCGGUCAGUGAUGUUAUGAUUCUCUGUCUUGCCCGUCGCAAUAAUGGCAUCUACGAACCGGAACAACGAUUGUGGAGCAUCAUUCCUUUCAUUGCGUUUAUACCUGCCGGUGCCUUGAUGUUUGGCAUCGGCCUAAACAAUGGACUGCCGUGGCCUGUUAUUGCCGUGGGACUUUUUCUCUACAAGCUCGGCAUCGCCCCCAUCAACAGUCUCACCAUCACAUACCUCACCGACUCAUACAAGGACAUCAUUGGCGAUGCGUUGGUGGGUGUUACGGUUGUGCGCAACACAUUCAGCACCGUUUUCAUUUUCGCCAUCACACCGUGGAUCGCAGCAAUUGGUAUUAAAUGGGUCAUUAUUAUCAUUGUACUGAUCUCAGUCGUCUUUCUAUCCUUCACUGGUGUCUUGAUUGUGUACGGCAAGACCUUUCGAGCUCGCACUGCUACGCGAUAUGCGUAUUAUGCAAGCCUGCAGUACAAAGAACGAUGA